GUGAGAGCUGCGGCUGCAGUUUGACAGCGGCGGAGGUGCGCGACGAGUUUCGGCGGAGAUUAUGUGUUUAUAGAAAUGAUAUAAAUGCUCUUUCGCUGCAGUGAUCGCGCUGACAGCACCGCCAUCGGCUCACUGACGCCUCGACGCGCGAUGUUUGGCGAGCGCUGGCUGCUGCGCUUGAAGGCCGAUGUGUGAUUGGUGCUCUGCCACUGUCCGCCAGCAUGGUAGACAUGGAGAAGCACUACAGGCCCCCGUCGCCGCUGGACGACUCCGUGCUGGACAGUCCUCUGUGCCGGGACUUCAUCGGGGGAAUGGAAGACCUUCAGGACAUCUCUCAGUCCAUCGAAGAGGACGCUCUCAGCAGCUUCGAGGUGACCGAGAACCAGUCUUCAGGUCUGGGCUCCGGAUCGGAGAGCUCCACUGCGUUAGAUGCGCUGACUCCCGCGUCCAGCCCGGCGUCAGGUGUGGCAGGACAGGACGAGUUCACCUGCACCUCUCUGAACCUGGAGUGCCGCGUGUGUUCGGACCGCGCGUCAGGAUACCACUACGGGGUUCACGCGUGUGAGGGCUGCAAGGGUUUCUUCCGCCGGACCAUUCGCCUCAAGCUGGAGUACGAUAAAUGUGAACGACGCUGUAAGAUCCAAAAGAAGAACCGAAACAAGUGCCAAUACUGUCGCUUUCAGAAGUGCCUGUCGGUGGGCAUGUCCCACAAUGCCAUCCGCUUUGGGCGAAUGCCACAGUCGGAGAAGCUGAGGUUGAAGGCGGAGAUCCUAACGGGGGAACGAGAGGUCGAGGACCCGCAACUGGCCGAUCAGAAAACCCUGGCCAAGCAGAUCUACGAGGCCUACCUGAAGAACUUCAACAUGAACAAAUCCAAAGCAAGGACCAUCCUGACGGGCAAGGCAAGCACGCCGCCUUUUGUCAUCCACGACAUGGAGACGCUGCAGUUGGCCGAACAGACUCUUGUGGCCAAGAUGGUGAGCUCUUCUGGGGCUCUGCUGAAUAAAGACGCGGAAGUUCGAAUAUUCCACUGCUGUCAGUGCACUUCGGUCGAGACGGUGACCGAACUGACUGAAUUCGCCAAGUCCGUGCCAGGCUUCUCAAACCUGGAUUUAAAUGACCAGGUGACAUUAUUAAAGUACGGCGUCCAUGAGGCGCUCUUCGCCAUGUUGGCAUCAUGCAUGAAUAAAGACGGUCUGCUGGUCGCGUACGGCAGCGGCUUCAUCACCAGAGAGUUUCUGAAGAGCUUGCGACGGCCGUUCAGUGAAAUGAUGGAGCCCAAGUUUCAGUUUGCAAUGAAGUUUAACUCCCUCGAACUGGACGAUAGUGACCUCGCACUGUUUGUUGCUGCCAUCAUCUGCUGUGGAGAUCGGCCAGGCCUGGUGAACGUCCCGCACAUCGAGCGAAUGCAGGAGAGCAUCGUAAACGUGCUUCAUCUGCACCUCAAGAGCAACCAUCCCGACAACGGAUUCCUCUUCCCUAAACUCCUGCAGAAACUAGUGGACCUGCGGCAGCUGGUGACGGAGCACGCUCAGUUAGUGCAGGAAAUCAAAAAGACAGAAGACACUUCGCUGCAUCCCUUACUGCAGGAGAUUUACAGAGACAUGUACUGAGCCGCCUUUGGCUCAUUCUUCUGCUUGAUUUCUAGAAGACGACAUGCUCGGAGAGGGCCGUUUCUCUCAGGGGCCUUCAAAACAAGUCCCCUCCACAGCUACACUGUGAUCUUUUAUUAAGGGGCGUCAUGUGAACCACUAUUUUUGGGAUUUCUGGAUGAAAACGCCAGGAACAUCAGGGCUCUUCAUUACCGUUGAGUUAAACAAUGCUUUCUGCGGUUAUUGAUUUAAAGAGAACAAAACAAGACACUGCCAAUUAAAAUGCAUCCUGUGGUUUUAGGAUAUUUUAUAAUUACUUACUGGUCCCUUGGGCCAGAAACUGUGAAUAGAAACCCUAAAAUCCAACUUAUUCAUACAGCAAUAUGAUUUUUUAAUAUUGACAUGGUAACUUUUGAUAGUGUACGCUUUAUACACGCAGUUUUCACCCAAGUGACUUCCACGUAGAUCUGCCGUAACUGGUGAAACUGACCGUUUUGCAAAGCUACAGGGAUUUUGCUUCAUGGUUAAUGUUGUUAUGAACACAGAAUUCAUUUUUUCCCCCAUGUUAACCUGGGAAAACAUAAAUACGACACAGAAUUCUUCAUCGUAAUUCAGUCAUAUUUCAACAUUUGCGAAUGUUUAGUGGUUUCUUUUUCCCGUUAUUGUGAAAAACAUGAAUUAUUUAUAGUUUUAUCGGCUCACUCCCAGUGUUACGGUCUCAGUCCGUAACUGCAGUUUUCGAGUUAUAAAAUGCAGUGCUCAAAUACAAAGCAGAUCAAUACCUCACGACCGAUGCCUUCUGACAGAGCACAAGUGCUCCAGGUUGUGCAGUUUUACAGUAAUCUACUGUUUAAAGGGCUAAAGGAGUGUGGAAACGACAAGUGAGGCCUGUUACAGCAUGUAUACUGCAAGCGUGACACUGCACGAAAAAUACAGUGAAAAUGCACUGUUGCAAUUUUGCAAUGUUGGCUUUUUUGAAGCAACAUUCAAUAUUUGAGCGAACCACACUCCUGUUGUUUGAACACAGGUGUCUGUUGGGCUUGAUGCAAGUUAAACACAGAUUUGUACUGAAUCUUGAGGUUUGAGCUUCAUUCUGUGUAGAGUUUGCAUGCUCUUCCUCAUGUAAAUUUGGUUUAAUGACAAUAACAGUUCUCAGAGAGCCCGUUUCUGAUAACCAUUUUAUAAUAUAUAGCCGUUUUUAAAGGAAACAUUCAGUGCAGUGACCCAGAAAUCACAUGCUGCAGAUGCAAAGCCUAGCUUGCUUUAAUUUCCUUCCUGUCUGAAGGGAAAGUUUCACACCGUUUGUCUGUCUGUCCCUCCAGUAGUCUGUCACUCUUCUCCGUUCUUGAUGUUUUCUCAGAACCACAGUGCCUAGUCUCGACGUCACGGUGAAAAACGUCUCAUUGUUUUUUACUUCCCUAUAUAAACCAGGAACAGAAGCUAAUGAGAAAAUGUCUGUCAUACCGCCUUUUGUAAACGUAAACUCUAUGUGCAGUUAUCUACGUUAAAAGGUUGUUGCGUAAGGGGCCGUUCACACAGAAUGCAUUUUUUGCAUUAUAUUGUGACGCUUUUCUGUUAUUUUUCUAUGUAAACAUGCGCUAGACAGACAUGUUUGACCACUGCACUCGCAUGUUUUACGGUGACUCUCAUGAGACUGCACUCAUGUUAAAACAAUGUUUUGAGACCUUUCGGGGGGUUUUUUCCCCCCUAUUAUACUGCACUGUCUCACGUUUUUAACACAAAAACAUACUCUGUGAACCGGCCCUAAGAGUGUAAUAGUACAUAAAGGGGCAUUUGAUGGAUUAGAUUGUGUAAAAUUAAUUUUGAGAUUGUGUAAAGAGCCAUUCUAAAAUUAAGCUAAAAAUUGGAUUCCUAUAAAUAUUAUGGAGCCUCUAAAGGGACAUAAGCGAUGCUAAAUAACAUGGGAUAGGAGAUAAAAAAUAUUUGUUUGUAAAAUUAUUUUUUUGUUUGUUAAUUGUUAUUUGUUAAUCUGAGAAAUGUUGAGUUUGAUUACAAACCUUUUGCGUUACUCCACGAAACAUUUUUGUUCGCUCACAAAAAUCUUGCGUUCCAACAAAAAACCUUUGCGAUCACUCUUAAAAAUAUUGCAUUGCCCCAAAAAACUUUGCAUUUGCUCACAAAACAUUUGAGUAUGCUUGCUAAAGUAUUGUUUUCUUUCGCAAAACAUUGCAAAGGCAAAUGCAAAUAUUUAGUGAGAACGCAAAUGUUUUACGAGUUAAUGGAAAUAUUAGCUAGUGAAUGCAAUACUUUGCAAGAGAACGCAAAUGUUUUGAGAGCAAACGCAAAGUUUCUUGAGAU